CUCCACACGCCAAUAAUUUCCUUCCCUUUUUAAACCUCCAAACCAGACACCUCCCACCACCACCACCACCUCCACCGCUCCAUGGCCGCCCCCGACGUCUCUCCCCAAUACCGACCUGUACCCAAAUCCCCGGACUUCAUCCCCGAGCUAACCGUCUCCGCCGACCGCCAUGAUGGACUCUUGUUCUGGCAAUAUAUGGUGGCCGGCUCCAUUGCCGGUUCCGUCGAGCAUAUGGCCAUGUUCCCCGUGGACACCCUCAAGACACGCAUGCAGGCACUAGCCGGGUCGUGCCGGACCCAACCCGGAAUCCGCCAGGCCUUCACCUCCAUCCUGAAGCUCGAAGGCCCCGCCGGGCUCUACCGGGGCAUCGGCGCGAUGGGUCUUGGAGCCGGGCCAGCUCACGCAGUCUACUUCUCUGUCUACGAGCUCUUCAAGGAGUCCUUCUCCUCCGGUGGCCCAAACAACCCUGUGGCCCACGCCGCGUCCGGUGUAUGCGCGACUGUGGCGAGCGAUGCGGUGAUCACGCCAAUGGACAUGGUGAAGCAGCGGCUGCAGCUGGAGAGGAGCCCGUACCGGGGGGUGGGCGACUGCGUGAGGCGCGUCCUGGUGGAGGAAGGGAUUGGGGCGUUCUAUGCUUCAUACCGGACGACUGUCGUGAUGAACGCGCCCUUCACGGCGGUGCACUUCGCAACGUACGAGGCUGCAAAGCGGGGUCUGAUGGAGGCAUUCUCGGUGGAAGAGGUGAGCGACGAGAGCCUGGUGGUGCAUGCGACAGCUGGGGCGGCAGCGGGGGCGUUGGCGGCUGCAGUCACGACUCCACUCGACGUGGUGAAGACACAGCUGCAAUGCCAGGGAGUCUGCGGUUGCGAUCGAUUCUCGAGCAGUUCCAUCGGUGACGUCAUUCAAGCUGUGGUGAACAAAGACGGGUAUCGUGGUCUCAUCAGAGGAUGGAUUCCGAGGAUGCUCUUCCACGCGCCGGCCGCUGCAAUUUGUUGGUCGACCUACGAGACCUCGAAAUCCGUCUUCCAACGACUCAACGACAGUAAAAGCCGAGGUUACUGAUGCAUGCAAAAGACCGGGAACCAAGGGAAUCAAACCAAUACGUGUAGCUGUAUUUUGGAUUUCGGAGUGAGAGCUGUAUCAGCAACUUCAAGGCUGGACUGUUCUAAACCUAAAGACGAAGACCACGCUGUAUCGGAUAAUACUGCGAUUAGCGAACGAGCGGUCGAAUCGGCAUUUGACCUCUCUCUAGUGCAAGUUCAACGAUGAUGACGAAGAACUGUUGUUGUGCUAUCAUGGAACAAUUGGAAACGAAAUACUCUAUCUUCACUUCACAUACUAAUUACAAUGCAAUUGUCCUGAACUGUGAUUUAAUUAUAUAGCGAUGGAAUUAGAAACCCGAAA